AGCUCUAGAACCAAGGGUUCCAAAGUCUCUGCCUAGCCUAACAGUGACGUGCUUGUCACAAAGCCAGAGGCCGGUGUCCUCGGGAUAGAGAGAGCCUUUGUCCUUGGGUUUUAUUCUUCUUACUGUAUUGGCUCCACCGAACCAAAUAUUAGUCAACUGGGUUGGGCGAGGUAGGACAGAUGAAGCCCACCGUCUAGCAAUCUGGACACCUAUAGGAGCAGAUUCGCCGCGCGAAACGGCUGACCCAGCGGCGACUGCAGAACCACGGGCAGCGUCGGUACAGAUCUACCCCACCAUCCCGCCGUCCAGCUAGCUGACCGGAGACGCAGCCGGGAAUGUGACUGAUCAGGCUACGGAGCCUGGCCGCAGAGCAAAGGCAAUGCAGUCCGAGGCCUCAGACAGGGCCACUCAGAAGCAGCGGUGGCGCUGACUCAGCCCGGCCUCCCUGCAGUCCCCGGGUAGCAGCAGCAGCCACAGGCGCGGGCGGCUGUGCCACACACCUCCCCCGCCCUCGGCCCCACCCGGCCACACCCUAGGCCGCGCGGCGUCACAGAGCGCAUGCGUGCCGCGGGGGAUGCCGGGAGCGCGCAGUGGCGGCAGCGGCGGCGACGGCAGUAACGGCGGCGGCUACAGCGGGGACGCUAGCGGGGCGGUGACGGUGUGGGAGGUGGUCUCACUCUUGGGGAAACUACUGGGCACCGUCGCCGCGCUGAAGGUGAUUCUGUACCUGCUCCGAGUGUGCUUAGCGAUGGCCUGGAAAUCCGGCGGCGCCAGCCACUCGGAGCUAAUCCACAAUCUCCGCAAAAAUGGAAUCAUCAAGACAGAUAAAGUAUUUGAAGUGAUGCUGGCUACAGACCGCUCCCACUAUGCAAAAUGUAACCCUUACAUGGAUUCUCCACAAUCAAUAGGUUUCCAAGCAACAAUCAGUGCUCCACACAUGCAUGCAUACGCACUAGAACUUCUGUUUGAUCAAUUGCAUGAAGGAGCUAAAGCUCUUGAUGUAGGAUCUGGAAGUGGAAUCCUUACUGCAUGUUUUGCACGUAUGGUUGGAUGUAGUGGAAAAGUCAUAGGAAUUGAUCACAUUAAAGAGCUAGUAGAUGACUCAAUAAAUAAUAUCAGGAAGGAUGAUCCAACACUUCUGUCUUCAGGGAGAGUACAACUUGUUGUGGGAGAUGGAAGAAUGGGGUAUGCUGAAGAAGCCCCUUACGAUGCCAUUCACGUAGGAGCUGCAGCCCCUGUUGUACCCCAGGCGCUAAUAGACCAGUUAAAGCCUGGUGGAAGAUUGAUAUUGCCAGUUGGUCCUGCAGGUGGAAACCAAAUGUUGGAGCAGUAUGACAAGCUACAAGAUGGCAGCGUCAAAAUGAAGCCUCUGAUGGGGGUGAUAUACGUGCCUUUAACAGAUAAAGAAAAGCAGUGGUCCAGGGAUGAAUUGUAAAGGCAACAUCAGCUUGACCAGUCUAUAAAAUUACAGUGGAUUGCUCAUCUCAGUCCUCAAAGCUUUUUGAAAACCAACACCAUCACAGCUUGUUUUGGACUUUGUUACACUGUUCUUUUCAGCAUGAAAAUGUGUGUUUUUUUAGGGUUUCUGAUUUUUCAAAGAGGCACAGAGCCAUGUUGGUAGAGGAAGGAUACACAGUACAAAUGUGUGUAUUAUUACUUUAACAUGCCCAUAUUUUACUUGGAAGUAUUAAAAGAAAGGGUUCUGCAGAAUGGAAAACCUAUUUUGUGAAUUGAUUUUGAGGAGUGGUUUUUCUUUUCUUGGACACUUAAUUCUGUUCUGAUAUUAAUUUAUCAGAUUGCUUUUGUGCAUUGGAUAACACCACCAUUCACAAGUUAAGAUUCUUGGUAUUUGGAUGUCUGUUAGAUGCUACUAAGAAAAUAGAGAUGAGCUUUCUUUUUAAAGCUUUUGAUGUGGUGUCAUAGAAUAGCAUGUUGUAGAUACAAUCAGCCGCUUUGUUACCUUAAAACUAGGCAUUUGUAAAUACUAAACCUUAAGAUGGCAGGUGAUGUCCUGUAAACACUCAGCUGUUCAGAUUGGACAUAAUGACUUAGUUCUUCCCUUCUUUCUCUCAAAAUUAUAGGAGACUUGGAGUUUAGUGUUGUUUUCUCUGUUCUAAUUUGCUGCUGAUAAUGUAUAUGAACUUAACAUGCUGUGUAAGCUGUGUCCCAGUUCUUGAACAGUUUAUGCAGUGCUGCUUUGCCAAAUAAAGUUAAAAGUAAAAGAGGCA